UAAUGCGUUACAAUGAAGCUCUGAGAGAAAAGACCGACUCUGUUCAGUAAACGAGCCAGAAUAACUGUAUGUAUGAGAGUUAAUGAUAUGAGUGGGCGGGAACCUCAUCUGCAUAUUAAGAACAUAUUUAAUGAGAGAGACCCGAACAUCACAUGAACUGAGGAUUAAACAGAACUCUGGAGACGCAAGAUACACAAAACACACACAGUCGCAUAGAGAAACACACGCGCGCAGCGGAGAGACCGGGCGCGCGCGUUCUCUCUCUCUCUCUCUCACACACACACACACACACACACAGCGGAGCGCGCUGCUGUCGCUCGGUGAUUCUCUCCGUGUCUCUGGGACUUUUCUGUUCCGCGCUCCUCGUGUCUUCUCCAGCAGGUCGUACUGAGAAAGAAAACAGUUCGAAAAACCAAGGACAUAAAAAGUCUUUGGAUACAGUCUGACCCAAGAGCUGAAAGGGUCAAAGGUCAUGACCUUACUUUGAUCCCAGAUCAUGUUCCACACCUUCCCUAACAAAUCACGGGCGCAGACGUCGGUCAGCAUGGAGAAGACGUACUCGCUCACGGCGCAUUACGACGACUUCCAGGAGAUCAAGUACGGCAGUCGUUGCAGCAGCAGCACGCUGAGUAACGGCAUGAGUCUGCAUCUGGGCGGAUCGCUGGACCGCGGACGGAGUGGGCGGGACAAGUGUGUGGGCGGGGCCAGGGGUGGAGCCGGGGGCGGGGCUCCGGCCCGCUGGAGCCGGCGCGAAAUCUGCCUGCUCUCUGCUUUAGUGUUCGCGGCGGGGAUGUGCGUGAUUCUCGGAUGCAUGCUGGCACUGAAGUUUCUGUCACUGGAGGCGCAGGAUUCCCAGUGUCGUCAGGAUUGCGUAAAGCGUCGCUCGCUUCUACGGGCUGCACGCUUCGUCCAGGGGAACGUCGACCCAAGCGUCCAGCCCUGUCACGACUUCUACAGCUUCGCUUGUGGCGGGUGGCUCCGGAGACAUGGGAUACCGGAGGAUAAACUGAGCUACGGGAUCAUCACCGCCAUCGGAGAACAGAACCAGGACAAGCUACAGCGCCUCCUACAGGCACCAAUCCAGAGGAAAGAACCAGACAGUGCCGAGAGAAAGGUGAAAGAGUUUUAUCGCUCGUGCAUCAACAUGAAGGAAAUUGAUCGUCUGGGGGCGGGGCCUAUGACUGAAGUGAUUGACAGCUGUGGUGGGUGGGACCUGUCUGGAGCUCCUCCCGGAGGGGCGGGGUGGGACAGUGGCUCCGCCCCCACAAGGCCAGAUUUUAAUGAGAUGCUGUAUAAAACGCAGGCAGUUUACAGCACGUCAGUGUUCUUCUCUCUCACCGUCAACGUAGAUGACAGAAACUCCUCACGAAACACCAUUCGGAUUGAUCAGGAGGGUUUGACUCUGCCGGAAAGGACUCUCUAUCUGGGGCAGGAUGAAGACAGUGUGAAGAUUCUGGCAUCCUAUAAAGCGCUGAUGGAAAGGUUGCUGAGCAUGCUGGGAGCUCACAAUGCCACGCUGAAAUCCAGAGAGAUUCUGGACCUGGAGACGAGACUUGCUAAUAUCACUGUGACUGAAUACGACGACCAAAGAAAAGACAUCAGCAGCAUGUACAACCGAAUGACACUGAAACAGCUGCAGAAAAUGGCUCCAAGUUUCCACUGGAAGCGUUUGUUGGACCGAAUCUUCAGUGAUAAUUUCUCUGAGGAAGAGGAGAUAGUAGUUUUGGCCACUGAUUACAUGCAGACAGUGUCGGACAUCAUUAAAACCACGUCUAAACGGGUUCUUCAUAACUACAUGUUGUGGCGUAUCGUGGCGGCGCUGAGCGAGCAUCUCUCCACGGCGUUUCGGAGCACGAUUCACGAGUUCUCGCGCGAGGUCGACGGAGGCGAGCGUCAGCUGGAUCUGGAGCGGCUGUGUCUCAAUCAGGCCAACAAACACUUCGGCAUGGCCCUCGGCGCGCUCUUCGUCCAGCAGCACUUCUCCUCCUCCAGCAGAGCCAAGGUGCAGGAGCUGGUGGAGGACAUCAAACACUCGUUAGAUCAGAGACUGCAGGAGCUCGACUGGAUGGACGAAGAAACCCGAGACGCUGCCCGAGCCAAGCUGCAGCACAUGAUGGUUAUGACCGGAUAUCCCGACUUCCUGUUAAAACCUGAACUUAUCGACGAGGAGUACGGGUUCGAUGUGAGCGAGAAAACGUACUUCAGGAACAUCCUGAGCAGCAUCAAGUACAACAUCAAACUCUCCGUCAAAAAGAUCCAUAAAGAGGUGGACAAGACCACGUGGCUUCUUCCACCACAGGCUUUAAAUGCGUAUUACCUGCCAAACAAAAACCAGAUGGUGUUUCCUGCAGGAAUUCUCCAGCCGACUCUCUACGAUCCGGAGUUCCCUCAGUCACUGAAUUAUGGAGGAAUCGGAGCGAUCAUCGGUCACGAGCUCACACACGGAUACGACGACUGGGGUGGGCAGUACGAUCGCUAUGGCAACCUGAAACAGUGGUGGACGGAAGAGUCAUACAGGAAGUUUCAGAAGAAGGCGGAGUGUAUCGUCAAACUCUACGACAACUUCACUGUGUACAACCAGAGGGUUAACGGGCGUCUUACACUGGGCGAGAACAUUGCUGAUCUGGGUGGACUGAAGUUAUCUUAUAAUGCGUAUCAGAAGUGGGUUCGUGAACACGGCCCAGAGCGUCCUCUGCCGGGACUCAAAUACACACACGAGCAGCUCUUCUUCAUCGCGUUCGCUCAGAACUGGUGUAUGAAGAGACGAUCGCAGUCGAUUUACCUGCAGCUGCUGACGGAUAAACACGCACCUGAGCAUUACAGGGUGAUCGGCAGCGUGUCUCAGUUCGAGGAGUUCGGUCGUGUGUUUCACUGUCCCAGAGGGUCACCCAUGCACCCGGUCAACAAAUGUGCCGUCUGGUGACCUUUAACCCCUGAGCGUCUCCUCAUCGCCCUCGUUUCCAUGACGAACCGCUCCGAGCUGCUCGCACGCCGUUUGAUGUUUACAGCAUUUUAGUGAUCAGAAAUCACCUCGACACGCACCAUAUCUCACUCCCAUCUCUCUUUGAAAUCUUUAUUUUUAUAUUCGGAUGCAGAGCGUGUCGAACCAGGCGUGAUGAGGUGUGUGUGUGUGUGUGUGUGUGUGUGUGUGUGUGAGACGGUGCUGUACUGUAGGCAUGUUGAUGUUUUGAUAUGAAGUGUUUUGUCAGACAUGUUCAGUGUUUUUCAAGAAGAAUCAGCUGCUGAAGUGACCGUUGUCCGCCUGACGGAGGAGAAGACUCAUAAUAUUUCACGUUACCUCUGUAUGUUUCUGCUUUUGAAGACAACAAUACAUUGUAUGAGUCAAAAUUAUAUAUAUCUCUUUUAUGCCAAAAAUCAUCAGGAUAGUAAGUAAAGAUCAUGUUCAUGAA